AUGGCCCUGCAAUGGAUGCUUCUCCUGCUCCUCACACCUCUGCUGGCAGCACAAAAUCAUGGAAAAUGCAAAAUUCCCUCCAACUGGGAUCCCAAACUGCAGUUUACUCCGAGGAAGAGCUACUAUGCCUUGUACGAAGUGGUGCGGCUCAGCUGUGCUGGGAAGAUUGUGCCGUCUGUCCCACAGAUUGAGUGCAUUUCCAGAGGGGCCCAGAUCCUGUGGAAUGAGAUUCCCACCUGCAAGGUGGGAUGCCAGCAGCCCCAGUGGGACUCACAGCUCCAGUUGAGGCCAAACAAGAGAUUUUACACGGUCAGUGAAGAGGUGACACUGAGCUGCUUUGAGGAUGACGCUCCUCCCGUCGCUAAGAUCAGAUGUACAAACAGGAAGAAUCCUUGGGAGGUGUUGGACAUUUCAGGAAAACGGCACAGGUUGGCUCAGACCCUGCGCUGCACCACAGCAAAAUGCCCAAAACCUGAAUGGGAUGCAAGACUUCAGUUUUUGGAGAAUGAAACUGAAUACCCACAGAAUAGAGAACUGACCCUGACCUGUCCCAAAGGCCUUGAGCCCUCCUUCCCCGAGGUCAAAUGUACAAGAGCAAUUCUGGAAGUGAAUUCGGGAAAACCAGUCUAUGUGGAUGCCUGGUGGGGCAGGAACAGCACAGGUGCCUGGACACACAUUGAGGGGGAUGUCCUGUGUAUGGAAGCGUGCAAAAGGCCCCAGUGGGACUCCAGACUCAAGCUGACACCAGACCAGGAGAACUAUGAGAAGGAUGAGAAAGUGAUGCUGAGCUGCCCUGAGGGUUUCCAGCCACCCUUCACUGAAAUCCAAUGUCAGACUCAACUCCAGUAUGAUUAUGGGACACAUGUGUAUGAAGAAUUUUGGCAUGGAAGAGACUCCAGAGGUGCCUGGGCCCCCAUUCAGUCCCGUGUGGAGUGCAUUGAAGCGUGCAAAAGGCCCCAGUGGGACUCCAGACUCAAGCUGACACCAGACCGGGAGAACUAUGAGAAGGAUGAGAAAGUGAUGCUGAGCUGCCCUGAGGGUUUCCAGCCACCCUUCACUGAAAUCCAAUGUCAGACUCAACUCCAGUAUGAUUAUGGGACACAUGUGUAUGAAGAAUUUUGGCAUGGAAGAGACUCCAGAGGUGCCUGGGCCCCCAUUCAGUCCCGUGUGGAGUGCAUUGAAGCGUGCAAAAGGCCCCAGUGGGACUCCAGACUCAAGCUGACACCAGACCGGGAGAACUAUGAGAAGGAUGAGAAAGUGAUGCUGAGCUGCCCUGAGGGUUUCCAGCCACCCUUCACUGAAAUCCAAUGUCAGACUCAACUCCAGUAUGAUUAUGGGACACAUGUGUAUGAAGAAUUUUGGCAUGGAAGAGACUCCAGAGGUGCCUGGGCCCCCAUUCAGUCCCGUGUGGAGUGCAUUGAAGUGCUCCAGGUUGACAAUGAGACCUUUGAGAUUUCCAGCACCAGCAUCAAACUGAAAUGGACCUGCAGGUUCCCUGAUGCCUGCCAGGGCAUGAGGGCCAUGUGCCGGCUGGGAGCACCUUCCUCCCCUCCCUGUGAGGCUGAGGAGGUGAAUGCAGAGCAGACAUUACAUGGCCAGGAGGGAACAUUCACCUGCUCCGCUUUGCAGCCCUUCACUGAAUACAGUGUCACCAUUGACUUGCCCCCCAACACAACCCUGUUCUCAUGGUUGUUCACGACACAGGAAACAGUGCCGGACAAACCGGAGCAGCUGUGGCUGGAUCCCGACAGGGGCUCUCUCAGGUGGAGCGCGCUGCCCUCCUGCAACGGGGAGAUCAUCGGAUACCAGCUGAGCAUCACAGCCAGGAACGCAGGGGACAGCAGCGUGCUGGAGACCGAGCGGCUGCGCCUCGAUGGCUCGGUCACCGAGCACCGGCUGCCGGGCCACAGCCCUGGCAGCAGCUACGCCGUGAUGAUCCAGGGCCUGACGGCUGCUGGAGCCGGGGCUGCGCUGACGAGGGAGUUUCACAGCAACAGCAGCUCCGACACCCCGCAGCCCCAGACCAUCAGCUGCCGCGGCGCCCGCGACAUCGCCCCCUCGCAAGGCACGGCCGUGCUCCCCCUGCGCCCCAUCGCCCGCGGCUCUGAGGCCGCCAGGGAGCACCAGCUGAUCGUGGCCGCCACGCACAACGCCUCGCUGAUCGAGAGCAUCUGCUCGGGCCAGGCACGGCUCUCCAAUGCCAGCGCGUACCUGGCCGCUCUGCUCAACCUCAGCGCCGCCACGGACUUCGUGCUGGGCGACGGCAGCCGCGGGCAGGGCCUGCACAACGCUGCCCUCAGCCCGGGCCGGGACUACACGGCCCUGCUGCGCCUCGUCCGCCUCGGGCCGCAGGCAGAGAAGUUCACCUGUGUCUGCUACAGCUUCUCUCUUGGGCAGGAGCCAUCGUCUCUGCUCUACAGCAAGCCCGUGGUUAUGGCAGUAGCACUGAUUGUUGCAUUCCUGGCACUGGGGAUUUUGCUGCUUUUUGUCAUCUUCAGGUUAAAGCGCAACAGUUCAAGAGGCUCGGAAAACAACAGCACUAUACCCCUGAGAGGAUGUCAAAAAGAUGUACGCAAGCCAAACACACAGAUCCCGGUGGAGGAACUGCUGGAGGCGCUGAAGAUGUUUAAGAGGGAAGAAAUAGAGGCAGAACAGACAGAUGAUGAAUCAGUCAACAGGCAUGGUGCGGGGCUUCUUAGAGAAUAUCAGCAAUUGUCCUCCACUUUGUUGCACCCCUGCAAUGCUGGCAAGGAACUCUGUAAUCAAAACAAGAACCGCUACAAGAGCAUCAUCCCAUAUGAUCACUGCCGUGUGGUGCUGCAGCCCUCUGACACCGGGAAUGGCUACAUCAAUGCCAGCUAUGUGGAUACCUACCGAAAUCCACGCUUCUUCAUUGCAGCUCAAGGCCCCUUGGCUGGGACAGUGGUGGAUUUCUGGCACAUGAUCUGGCAGGAGAAGACCUCAGUCAUUGUGAUGCUGACGGGCUUAGUGGAACAGAACAAGAUCAAGUGUGAGCAGUAUUGGCCAGAGCAGGAGCAGGUCUAUGGUGACAUCACUGUGACACUCAACAACACCUGGACCACCACAGGCCUUGUCAAACGCAUCUUCUGCCUGCAGAAGGCAGGCUGUGCUCUGCCGAGAGCAGUGGAGCAGUUUCACUACCUGCUGUGGCCGGACCACGGGGUGCCCAGAAACCCGUCGCAGCUGCUGUGCUUGGUGGAGGUGGUGAACAAGAGGGUGCUGGAAGCGCCUGCAGGCCCCGUGCUGGUGCACUGCAGCGCAGGCAUCGGGCGCACAGGCACCUUCAUCGCCCUGGACUUCCUCUUGAAGAUGGGCAAGGCUGAGGGCAAGGUGGAUGUGUUUCGCUGUGUGCAGCAGCUGCGGGAGCAGCGGGUCAGCAUGGUGCAGACCAAGGAGCAGUACAGCUUCCUGUACGAGGCGCUUCUGGAAGGUUUGCUCUGCGGCAGCACCGGGGUGCCCGUGGAGAGCAUCGCCAGCCGCGUGCACUCCCUGCGAGACGAUGAGACCUCAGGCUGCAACAGCGCCCUGGAGAAGGAGUUCAAGGCCCUGCAGAGAUUUUCUGAGUUGUUCCAGCUCCUGCCAUGCAGAGAAGCAGAGAAGCCCAGAAACCAAGCCAAGAACCGCAAGCCAGGGAUCUUGCCAGCGGACUCCUGCCGGCCCAUCCUGAUGUCCUCGGUGAACGCAGACGGCUCGCCAGCUUACAUCAACGCCGUCUUUGCCAGCACGUACACCGAGGAGGAGAGAAUCAUCAUCACGCAGCUGCCUUUCCCCACCACGCUGGUGGAUUUCUGGGCUCUGGUCUGGGAUUACACUUGCACAUCGCUAGUUGUGCUGAAUGAACUCCAGGAGCUGGACAAGACGUACGUGCAGUUCUGGCCCAGCCAGGGCGAAGAUGACUAUGGCCGCUUCCACGUGCAGCUGAUCUCAGAGGAGCCUGGGGCUGGCUUCACAACCUGGACACUUGUCCUCAGCAACAGGCAGCAGCCCAAGAAAUCUGCAGUGGAAAUCCGGUUGCAUCAACUGACAGACUGGCCCAUGCAGCAUCGCCUUCCGCCACACCCUGACACCAUCAUCAGCCUGCUAGGGAAGGUGGAGACACACCAUCGGCAGAGCCAGGAUGGACACAUCCUUGUCACCUGCUGGGAUGGAGCCAGCCGGAGUGGGAUCUUCUGUGCUGCUGGUUUCCUGUGUGAGCAGAUCCAAAGUGAGGGCAUGGUGGAUGUGUCCCAGGCUGUGAGGAUGCUGAAGAGGAGGCGCAGACAGUUCAUUAAAAAUGUGGAACAGUAUGGGCUCUGCUAUGAACUAGCCCUCAGUUAUUUGAAUUCAUUUGAAACCUAUGGGAAUUUCAAGUAG